AUGUCAAGCCACGCAAAUGCAAUGUCGCCAAAACUCUUUGUUGUGUUCUACCGACCACGCUAUGGAAACUUUCUGCACUGGGCGCUGCAUAUAGAAAAGGGCCAAGAGCAUGACAUUCUCGAAGUUGAUGGUGAACAUCCACAGUUCAAACGCAACACGUUGAUGGAAAACCCGAAAGAAUCAAACACUUUCCUACAACAGUUCUUCAUUGCUGUGCUUAGAGAGGAUGACGUUGAGAGAGUAAAGAGUGCUGCACAAAGCGUGCCGGUGGACAACGAGACUGUUGAGUGGGAUUGUCAGGAUUACGUGCUGGAGAUCCUUGAUAAACUAGAGGAGUUUGUCUUAGACAAGGAUGAUGAGGAUUAUAUGGAUGUGAGAGAGAUCUUGAUGGAAGCGAGGGGAAUGGUUUGA